AGCAACUAUCAACACAUGCAGCUCUAAACCUUCAUGGAUCCUGCAAAGCUCACUGAAAUGACACUGCUGCUUUAAAACGAUUAAGCAUCUUUUAAAAACAGGUCUCAAAAUUGCAAGUUUCAUCUGACCCACAGAGCCAGACAAACAGCUGAAUAAAUUUUGAUGUCAGUCAUGAGUGUUGAAGCGGUCAGCUGCACUGUGAAGUCACCCGUUGCUCUGCAGAUUGGAGACGCUGUGUCUGAUUCAUCUCGCCCUGGUGUCUAUAUAACAGACGUCACCCUCGCAGAACCUGUGAAUAUUCAGGAGAUUUCUUUCAAGAACUACUACACUGCUUAUCUGACGGUGCGUGCGCAGCGGAGAGAGGAAGGAGCUGCUAAGUGGGUCACCUGUCUGAGAAAUCACUGCCUGAUGGCCAAUCCACACGCUGAAGCUGGAUCACAUGACUAUUUCUCCAUAUACAGACAGCAGAUGUUGACUAAACCUGAUAAUGUGACGACAGUCAGACUCAUCUUGCGCCAACCCUCCUCAGAAUGGCUUCAUUUCAGCAUUGAGGAAAUCAACAUUUAUCCAUACGUGAAAGAGGACUCCAAACGGGAUGUUCCCGCCUGGUUAUCCACUCUAACACCUGUAGAGGCUCCUCUUGAUUUGAAUGGGCUUCCAGACCCGCAGACAGUUUCCUCCAGUAUUCAGCAGAUGUGGGCGCUCACUGAGAUCAUGCAGGCGAGCCAGACUGCAGCUUCCAUCGGACGCUUCGACGUGGAAGGCUCGUAUGAUGUCAAAUUGCUGUCUUACACAUAACGGGAUCACUGAAAGUCCAUUGUCUGUUUAUUUAUGUAUCAUUUAUUCGUUUUUGGUGAUGCUAACUGCUUGCACUGACAGUAUUUUCUUUCAUAAUUGGUUCCUGUUUAUAUAAAUAUUAUAUUAUGCUAUUUUAUUUAUAUUAAUUCACAUUUAAUUUUAAGGUUACGCUUAACUGAUAUAACACUACAACGUAAAUGCCAUACAAAUCUCAUAAACUGCAUCCUUCACCCUAUAAACCAGGGCCCGUAUUCACAGAGAUUUUUAUCUUAGCACUAGGAGUUCAUUACUAGGAGUGUUUGCUUAACCUACUCACAAAACUGCUAAGAGCAAGUCUUACUAAGGAAAUCUUAUAAUAAGAGUAAAGGCUAAUUAAUACUUAGUGGGCCAACAGGUUUUGCUUAUUUCCCCUAUCAAUGAUGGCAUAAUGGAGUGACGUUUUUUUCCUGCCAAGGUGUUCGUUUGGUGAGAUUUCUCCUGUUCGCGCACAUCUCUGAAAUUCUUGACCCAACAGAUCCCGGCUGGUCGAAGAGCGUUUAUGAUUGGUUAACAUUAUUCAUGGGUGUGGUUUGGACAUUACUUUUUAUGUACAAUUGCGCAUGCCAGCUGAGGAGUUGUUUCCUAGGUUAUUGUUGUUAAAAUGGAAGUGAAAGUAUAAUUGUUUACAUGAUUUGCAUCACAAAGACCACAUGGCCAUGACAAAUGAGUGGAGAGAGAUUUUGAGUUUUUAAAAGUGAAAGGGGCCGUGACAAGUUUAAUGAAACUUUUACCUAAAUUUAGUUUAAUAAGCAGCACAGCGCUAAAAGCAGCAGUCCACCGAGAUUAAAACCUGCAUUAUUGGCUUUACUUGUGUCUGGAACGGUAUGUUAAACACGUGACAUCACCCAAAAGAACUCGUUUUAAAACGACGUUGCGCGUAGAAUGAACGGCAGCUUCAGUCGCCUAGGGUGCUUGAGUUCGUCCAGGAGAACUAGUUCCAAAGUAUAAACCAGGCUUAAGGCGGAGGUGACCUCGUUGCUAUGGAUGAUUUGUUUGUAGAUGGAUGUUUUUCCGGUUGAUGAACAUUUCUUCAUCCUGUGUUGUGGCAAUGACGUACAAUACAGCAUCAGUACACUGGGUAGCCCCAUGAUUCCCUGUGAAUGCCCUCUUUCUUUCUCUGCAGCGAGCGCACAUCCAUGGGAAAAAACAUGCUAUGAAUUGUCGGACGAUGUGUGGUCUAGAGAGGGCAUAGUUUGAUCGAUUAUUCUGCUGAUGGAUGACCAGAAAUUCUUAAUUCGUCUGCGCUUCACAGUUUUAUUUUGAUAUGGCCAGGGAGCGUUUCAGUUUGUGGGAGAGGUAACUGCGUAAUGUAAGUUUACAUGAAUAAAAACACCCUUGUGAUUCAGACGAUACCGUUUUAAAGGUCAAUGUCAACAUAUAUAAUAUAUUAUUAAAAUACAUAGACUCAAUUGUGAUUCAGGCAAAGCCUUUUUAAUGGUCAAUUCAUAAUAAUAUUCUAAAAUGUUGUUUUUAAUGUGGAUUGACGACAGCAGCCAUUCUUCGGAUUGUUUGUGAUUGUGAGUAACUCUUAGGGAGUUAAAGUCCUCAAGAGGACUUCGAAGCUGUCUUGGGUCUUUAGGAGCUACUUUUAGUGUUAAAGUGCUUCAUUAAUCACUCCUUGAUGGAAAUUCCAAAGUCCAAAAAUUUGGAGUACAUUUCCAUGUUAGGAGCUACUUUUAGCCUUAGGAUUAUUUUGUGAAUAUGGGCCUGGAUAAUUAGCUUGUAUGGGCCUUUCAGAUUUUACAAUUACGUGUAAUAUAUUUGCCACUGUCUUUGGGGUUUCCACUGUCAUGGAGAACCUGGAACUAUAUUAUAAUUGCAAUACUGCAUAUUUCAAAGGGAAUUUUAAAUAUUCUGGAAAAACCAUGGAACAUCGACCCAGGAAUCUCUAUAAAAUGAUUUUUCAAAACUCUAGGAACAAAAAACAACCGAAAAAGAAAAUUAAUUGGUUUGAAUUGGCAGGAACCCUUUGAGUUCAUUUAGAGUUGUCUAAAUGAAUAAGAUUGUUUA